UAGACCGCUAUAGUUGCGACGUACAACCACCGCGAGUUUCGACGCGCACGGUGCUUGAAGCGGUCACUUCUUUCAAAUAAAGUUGUACCGUCUCUGUUGUUUUGGCAUUAAACUCGCAAGCUCACUGCUGGGAUGGUUUCUCUGAAACGAGAAAGAGAGGCUGAAGUGGACGAUGAUGACAACGAAGACAGAGUGGCAGCCAAAAUAGGCCGAGGACGUGUAGUAGAAGACCGGAGAAGCCGUCACUGUCCUUACCUUGACACCAUAAACAGGAGUGUGCUGGACUUUGACUUUGAGAAACUCUGCUCCAUCUCUCUCUCCCACAUCAAUGUCUAUGCCUGCCUUAUAUGUGGGAAAUACUUUCAAGGUAGAGGUCUGAAGUCCCAUGCUUACACUCAUAGUGUGCAGUUUACCCAUCAUGUGUUCCUGAAUCUGCACACUCUCAAGUUUUACUGUCUGCCGGACAACUAUGAGAUCAUUGACUCUUCAUUAGAAGACAUCACAUAUGUGCUGAAGCCAACUUUCACCAAGCAGCACAUUGCAGGACUGGACAAGCAGGGUAAACUGUACCGAGCCUACGAUGGUACAACCUACCUACCAGGCAUUGUAGGGCUCAACAACAUCAAAGCCAAUGACUAUGCUAAUGUGGUGUUACAGGCUUUUUCCAAUGUUCCACCUUUGCGAAACUACUUCCUGGAGGAGGAAAACUACAGGGGAAUCCGCAGACCACCGGGGGACAUCAUGUUCCUCUUGGUGCAGAGGUUUGGUGAGCUGAUGCGCAAACUCUGGAAUCCGAGAAACUUCAAAGCCCAUGUGUCUCCCCAUGAGAUGCUGCAGGCUGUGGUGCUGUGCAGCAAGAAGAAUUUCCAAAUUACCAAGCAAGGAGAUGCUGUCGACUUCAUGACAUGGUUUUUGAAUGCUCUGCAUGGAGCUCUUGGAGGCACAAAGAAAAAACCCUCAAUCAUUACAAAAGCAUUUCAAGGCUCCAUGCGGAUCUUCUCCAAGAAACUUCCACACCCAGAUUUACCACCAGAGGAGAAAGAGGCAUUGCUUGUGACAGAGGAGUACCAGGAGCAGAUGUCAGAGUCUACCUUCCUGUUUCUGACCCUUGACCUCCCAACAGCUCCAUUGUACAAGGAUGAGAAGGAGCAACUUAUAAUCCCGCAGGUCCCUCUCUUCAACAUCCUGGGCAAGUUCAAUGGCAACACAGAGAAGGAAUACAAAACCUACAAAGAGAAUUUUCUCAAAAGGUUCCAGCUGAUGAAACUGCCUCCGUACCUUGUCUUUUGCAUCAAAAGAUUCACCAAGAACAACUUCUUUGUGGAAAAGAAUCCCACAAUUGUCAACUUCCCUAUCACGAAUGUAGACCUUCGUGAGUACUUGACAGAAGAAGCUCAAGUUACAGAGAAGAACACAACUUAUGACCUUGUCGCCAACGUAGUGCAUGAUGGGAAACCCACUGAGGGAGCGUACAGAAUACAUGUUCUGCAUCAUGGAACUGGGAAGUGGUACGAGAUGCAGGACCUGCAGGUGACUGACAUUCUCCCCCAGAUGAUUACACUGUCGGAGGCCUACAUCCAGAUCUGGAAGAGACAAGAGAGUGACAAUGACACAAACAACCACAGGGGGUGUAAGUGAGGCAGGACUUUUCCUCAGUGUGAAAAUGUCACCAUUUUGGAAAUGAACUGGGUAUUAAGUGAUUGGAAAAAACAGCAGAAUAUAGAAUGAGAGUGGCGAGAGAGCAUCAGGACGACUUCUUUAUAGCCACAAAAAAGAAAAUAAAUGUAAAUGUAUGUGUUGUUUUUUAAUAUGUGGAAGUUUCUAAAUAAACAAGCUUCAGGA